UUCACAAACACGAAAUCAUCCGGUAAACCCUCGAGAAUUAAACUGUUCCCUUCCAUGUUUUAAAACUUCAGUAAUUAUCCAGAUAAAGCUCACAUCAGUGACCGAAACAUCGUCAUUAUUUCAUGCUAAUAUUGCGAUAGUCGCGUCGCGUCAUCGAUCGAUACAUCUCGACGAUCAUCGUGAGUUUCACUUUUGUUUCAGGAUUUCUCGUGUGACUUCAGAUCCAAACACCGAGACAUGUUCUUCCAACUAUAGUUUCAGGAAUCUGGGAAUCAUCGUGUUCAAUAAUCAUCGUGUUAUCUGAUAUAAAUCAGAUCAUACCGUUCGACGAGCUGAUCUUGUUAUUGAUUAUCGAUUCCGCGGGAAAAAUGUCUGACAGCACUGAAGAGCCUGUGAUUGUGGACGAGCUGGUUGCUGCACAGGAGGAGUUACAGAGAUACAAGAAGCUCAUUGUGUCUGCGGACGAUGAAAGGUCCAGAUUACUGCUGGAAAAGCUCUCAGCAGAUGCGGAAAAGAGAAAAGCCCAGACAGAAACCGAAAGUUUCAUCUCUUUUGAAGACAAAUCUACUGAGCAGUUUCAGAAAGAUCUGGAAGGAAUCCAGGGAGAGCUGAAGAAUCUGGAUCGAGUCAAUCAGGAUCUUAAGAAACAAUAUGAAGAUCUUCAGAAAGAGCUUCAACUCAAGAGGACUGAAUCUGACUCUCUGCAACUGAGAUUUAAGAUUAAAGCUGCAAUCCCAGUGAAGAGAGUGAAGUUUACUCAUCCUGUGGAAGAUGACAGCGAGGACCGAGAGGAACAUGUGGAAUCUGUGUUCACCGUCACCCAGAGACCAUCAUAUCUGCUGAAGGGCGGUCACGCUCUCAUCACGUUUGAGAAGGAGAACGUGUCCGAGCAGAUCCUCAGACUGGCGAAGUGUUCUGUGUCGUGUGAGAAAACCAAGAUGGAUGUCAAGCCGUACGCUUUAACUCUUGAGCCCUCGGUGAAGUUUGAGGUUCAUAUCAAGGUAUCAAAGAAGACUAUCAAGUUCCGCAAUGCUCCGCCCACUUUACCUGAGGAGCGAAUGAGAGACCGUCUGGAGCUGUCCUUCUCUCGAGCGAGUCGUGGAGGAGGAGAGGUGCAAAGCGUGCAGUACGACGAGCAGAACGGCACGGGACACGUCACCUUCCUCAACACUGGAGUGGCGGAGAAUUUGAUCCUCAGAGGAAAGUUCUGUGUGGAGACGGACCGUGACAUGCUGGUGGAUGUUCUUCCUCUGUAUCAGUACCAGCUCAAGAAAUUUCAAACAUUCUCGGGCGUCCCGAAUCGCACCGUGAUGCUGGGAGGAAUUCAGGAGGUAAUGGAUGAAGAAGAUCUUCAGGACCAUCUAGAAAUCCACUUCCAGAAGCCCAGUAACUACGGCGGAGAAGUGGAGAACAUAAAAUACGUCCCGGCUGGGAAACAGCUGACAGCGUUCUUCAGUGAGGACAACGCGGAUACUGACGCUUGAGUCGCUGCUGUAUAAUGUAUGGAUUCAUUACUCAUGAUUGACAUGUUAAAGGGGAUUAUUUCACUUCUCACUGCACUCAUUUAGCCAAAGAACAUUUAGCUUUUUCAGUCUUUUCUUAAUGAACAGUAUGACAAAUUUCAUCAAGUACAGAUAGAAAUAAAUACAAUCAAAGAUGUUGUAGUACUUGAGAACAGUGCACGGGUCAGAAAACACAUUAUAUGUCUGAUGUUGGAACUCGAUAUUAAAUAAAAUGCAUUUAAU